UCUCUGAUCGGACGAUUUUCUCUACCCUUCCAUUUUCUCCUCAUUUUCCUUUUUGUCAUUGUCUUCUAGACAAUACUUUCCUUCCCUCUUAACCUAGUAAUCUGCCACCUCCACGAUGAUGAAGUUCCGGCCCAGACUCGGCCUAUUCACUGCCCUUCGAGCUGCUCCACCCACUCGACGCUUUGCGACAGAGGCGCGGUUAACUUCGGACCAUGUUCGCAUUGUUGAAGUAGGGGCACGAGAUGGAUUGCAGAAUGAGAAAAAGUCCAUACCACUCGAAACCAAGCUUCAGUUAAUUGAGAAGCUGUCAAAAACUGGUGUGACAACAAUUGAAGCUGGAUCGUUUGUUCCUGCAAAAUGGGUGCCUCAGAUGGCAAGCACGACGGAAAUAUGUGAAAAGCUUCUCACAUCCCCGCCGCAGUCGCAGAAUGCUAUUGCAUAUAACUACUUGGUUCCUAAUAUCAAGGGGCUUGAGAAUCUUGUCAAGAUCAUGGACACUGCGGGUGUCCCUGCAGAGAAUACUAAGACAUCCACAUCAACCGAAAUUUCACUCUUUGCUGCGGCGACGGAGGCGUUCUCCAAAGCAAAUACCAAUUGCACCAUCGCGGAGUCGUUGGAGCGCAUUCGGCCCAUUGUAGAGUUGGCCAAAACGAAAAACAUUCGUGUCCGAGGUUACGUUUCCGUUGCUCUGGGCUGUCCGUACGAAGGACCUGAUGUCUCACCGUCAAAGGUGGCCGACAUUACGGCCACCCUACUCGAGAUGGGUGCCGAUGAAGUGUCGGUAGCUGACACCACGGGUAUGGGAACAGCCCCACGUACAAUGGAGCUCCUACAAGCGCUCAAAGCGGCGGGAAUCGCGAACAAUGAUCUUGCACUUCAUUUCCAUGAUACAUAUGGACAGGCCCUGGUUAACACCGUCGUGGGAUUGGAGCAUGGCAUUCGGAUUUUCGACAGCAGUGUGGGCGGACUCGGUGGCUGUCCCUACUCCAAGGGCGCCACUGGCAAUAUCUCGACAGAAGACUUGGUUCAUACGAUUCAUAGUCUUGGAAUGCACACUGGAAUCAAUCUGGAGGAGAUGGCUAAGAUCGGCGGUUGGAUCAGCGGCGAGCUGGAUCGGGCUAACGAAAGUAGAGCCGGGAAAGCAACCCUGGCAAGGAUUCAAGAGUGAGGACCAGUCUUUCGUAUGGAGAACCUAAUAUCUUCGUCGAUUAAACAUGUGUUUGGGGGGCUGUCAUCUUUUGUCAUCAUAUAAAACUCAUGCUGCGCAUUACGGGCUCUGCAAGCUCCGCUGCUCAUGCAAAUACUGUGUCUCCGUCAUAACAUACAAGGCUAGUAUAGCUUCCAAAUAUUUGCAUCCACUAUCGCAUGGAAUACCUGAUUCGGAUGACUUGAACGUAAAUCGCGUUGUAUCAUGUAAAAUGCAUCAGAGCUAUAGGUUGUAACGGUAAACUUCGUCCAGCCAAUAGGCG